AUGGCUCAAAAUCCGGAAGAAGUCGCGACUAUGUUCGUCCAGUACUACUAUAACCAGUUCGACCAAAACCGAGCCGGUCUAGCAAGCCUUUAUCGUGAGGCUUCCAUGCUGACUUUCGAGUCCGCCUCUUUCAAGGGCACUCCCUCCAUCAUCGAGAAGCUACAGGGCCUACCGUUCCAGCAGAUCAAGCACCAGGUUUCCACCAUUGAUCUCCAGCCCGGUGUCGCUCCCGGCCACAUUCUGGUCCUCGUGACCGGUCAGCUUCUGGUGGACGAGGAACAACGACCCAUGAGCUAUACCCAAUCGUUCUACCUGGUCCCCGACAACGCUCAGUACUACGUCCACAACGACAUCUUCAAGCUUGUCUAUGGUUAG